AUGUUGAAAGUCGUUGGUGCAUCGUGGCAAAAAACGCGGAUAGGGACCUACAUCCUCAUCGGUGCUGGUCUCUUGGUCAUCGGAGCCUUCUUCAUCGGGUACAUGGAGCGGCCGGAGUACGAUGGCACCUACUGUGCCACCGCUCUGUGGACCAAGCAGGUCGGCUUCCAGAUUGAAAACUGGAAGCAGCAGAACGACCUGGUCAACAUUCCCACGGGUGUGGGCAGGAUUUGCUACAAGGACUCGGUUUAUGAGAAUGGAUGGGCCCAAAUUGAGGUGGAGACGCAACGAACCUACCCGGAUUGGGUGCAGGCCUAUGCAGCUGGAAUGCUCGAAGGUUCGCUGACCUGGAGGAACAUCUACAAUCAGUGGUCCAACACAAUUUCCUCUUCCUGCGAGCGGGAUGAGAGCACCCAGAAGUUCUGCGGUUGGCUGCGGAACCUCUUGACCGACAACUACCAUCGCUUGAAGAGGCAGACUGAUAAGGCUGAAAACGAUCACUACUGGCAUCAAUUGCAUUUGUUCAUCACUCAGUUGGAGGGACUGGAGACGGGCUACAAGCGCGGAGCAUCACGGGCUCGUUCCGAUUUGGAGGAGGAGAUACCAUUUUCCGAUUUCCUGCUUAUGAACGCCGCCGCCGAUAUCCAGGAUCUGAAGAUCUACUACGAGAACUAUGUGCUGCCCAAUAAUACGGAACACUCGGAGGAGUCGGUUACGGAUCAGCCCAAGAACUUCUUCCUGCCGAGUGCCUCCAUGCUGACGAAGAUUGUCCAGCAGGAGGAGUCGCCACAGGCGCUUCAACUGCUCUUCGGUCACAGUACGGCAGGAAGCUACUCGUCGAUGUUGAGGAUCCAGAAGCGCUACAAGUUCCACUACCACUUCUCGCCCAAGCUAAGGAGCAACACGGUGCCCGGAGUGGAUAUUACCUUCACGGGCUAUCCUGGCAUCCUGGGAUCCACCGAUGAUUUCUACACCAUCAAGGGUCGUCAUCUACAUGCCAUUGUGGGAGGUGUUGGCAUCAAGAACGAGAACCUACAACUGUGGAAGGCUGUGGAUCCCAAGAAGAUGGUGCCCCUGGUGGCUCGUGUCAUGGCUGCCAAUCGGAUAUCCCAGAGUCGACAGACCUGGGCCAGUGCCAUGACCAGGCACCCAUUCACCGGAGCCAAGCAGUGGAUCACCGUGGAUCUGAACAAGAUGAAGGUGCAGGACAAUCUGUACAAUGUCCUCGAGGGCGAUGACAAGCAUGACGAUGCUGCGGUGACGGUGAACGAGAAGGAUAGAACGGCCAUCCAACAGCGUCACGAUCAGCUGAAGGACAUGGUGUGGAUCUCGGAGCAGCUGCCUGGACUGAUGACCCAGAAGGAUGUGACCCAGGAGUUCCUGGUGGCCGGCAACUCAUCGUGGCUGGCCAACGGAGUGCCGUACUUCAAGAAGGUCCUGGAGCUGAGCGGCGUGAACUACAGCGAGGAUCAACAGCUGUCGGUGGCCGAUGAGGAGGAGCUGACUAGUUUGGCGGCGGUGGACAAGUAUCUGCGUGCCCAUGGCUUCCGCGGGGAUCUGCUGGGCAGCCAGGAGUCGAUUGCCUAUGGCAACAUAGAUCUGAAAUUGUUCUCCUACAAUGCCCGUCUGGGAAUUACCGAUUUCCAUGCCUUUGCGGGUCCAGUCUUCCUGCGAUUCCAACACGUCCAGCCCAGGGCUCUGGAGGAUGAGACGGGGCAGAAUGGUGAUGGCACUGGUGGUGCUCCACACGCCUCCUCCAUGGGAGAUGAACGACUCAGCGUGAGCAUCGAGGACGCAGAUAGUCGCCUAGCGGAAAUGGAACUCAUUACGGAACGGCGACCGGUGCGGAACGAUAUGAGGGCCAUUGCCAUGCGAAAGAUUGGCAGUGGACCCUUCAAGUGGUCCAAAAUGAGUCCCGUGGAGGAGGGCGGCGGCCACGAGGGACAUCCGGAUGAGUGGAACUUUGACAAGGUCUCCCCCAAGUGGGCGUGGUAGAUCGACGGAGCGGGGGGAACCCAAUCGAAUUUGUGAACCCACCUCCCUUGAUUUGAAAACUGGAGAGCAAUAAUUGUCCUAGAUUCAGUAGAUAGUGUCUCGUCUUGUCUCGUAACAUUUGUGUGUUCCUAGUUGGUUCCAUAUCUUACGUCCAUAGUCUUUUAGUAUGUAUUGUACUUAUGUGUCCAAUCAAUUGUUGUCUUCCAGUUCAACAUUUUAUUUUCCGUAGGCCUCUUGUAAAUUAGCAACCAAAUUGUAAACCUAUUUUUUAGCAGCAAAUUUUUGUACUUUAGUAACUUUAUAAAAGAGAAAUAAAGAAAACAAACAAAACUACACAA